AUGCGGACCCCCAGGCAGAAACAGAUUAAACGGUUAAUUAAAUCCCUGCAACUAACGGGUUUUCGUACGCCUUUUAAUAUUCUGGCAGACCAUGAAUUCUUAUUGUCAUAUAAUAAGGCGCAAUUGUCUCUCUCAUACUUAGAAAAGAUUCUUAAUGGAACUAUUCGCUUGUUCAUUACGCAAUGCGAAUAUAAUAGAUUUAAGCUAAAAUGUAACGAAAAGAAAUUAAUUGGUCACGUAGCACUGAAGAAAUGCAAUCACAUUGAUUUUAGGCAGCAAGAAUGCUUAAAUGAGGCAAUUUUAGAUAAAAACCCAGACCACUUUUUUCUUGCAUCGAAGUGUAAAAGAAUUUCUGAAGAAAAGAAGAUUCCACGGAUUUACAUGCGCGCAGGAGUUGUUUGUGUAGAGAUGAAUGCAGAAGAAGUGAAGAAAAUCAAAAAGGCAGAGCCCCCUGGAUUAACACAGCAAGAAAAAGAGAGACUCGAUAAAAUGUUUAUGGAGUAA